AUGAGUGAUAAAAAAUUGGAAGUUCUAGUCUACGGUUUAGGAGCCAUCGGUUCCUUUUACGCGUUCAUCCUCAGUCGCAGUGAACGAGUUCGCUUAACAGUGGUCGCUCGAUCCAACUACGACGCUGUGGCCGCGAAUGGAAUCAGUAUAAACAGCCAAAACCAUGGAAAACAUCACGUGAAGCCUGACAGUGUCCUUAGACACGUCAAGGAUGCUGGUCAAAAGUUCGACUUUGUCAUCUGUACCAACAAGGCAGUUGAUCAGGCCAGUACUGCAGCCGAUAUUGCACCUGCUAUUGGCGAUAAUACGACAAUCGUAAUCAUCCAGAAUGGUGUCGGCAAUGAGGACGCGUUCAGGGAGUCAUUUCCCAAGACCACCAUCAUAUCAUGCGUGACAUGGGUUGGAGCAAGGCAGCCGCAACCUGGUAUUGUUGAACAUACCACAUCCGAAGACAUGCAGAUGGGGUUGUACCCGAAUAAAGCCGGUGACUCCGCUCUCGACAAAACUCAUCUCUCGCAGUUCGAAUCACUGCUCUCCAUUGGUAAAACCAUCUUCCAAAUUGUUCCGGAUAUCCAGGUCCAGCGGUGGGAAAAGGUUGUCUGGAAUGCAGCCUGGAACUCUCUUACAGCGCUCACGCUCACGGACACGCAUUCCUGGUUGAGCUCUUCAGAUUUGUCGACGCCAAUGACGAGAAGACUGAUGAAAGAAGUCAUUGAUGUAGCUAAUGCUCUCGAUGUACCUCUUCAGUAUGAGCUAAUUGAUCGGCUUUUGGAGAAGAUUCUAGGUAUGCCACCGAUUGGAAGUAGCAUGAGGACUGAUUACGAGAAUGGAAAGCCGAUGGAGGUAGAGGUUAUCUUGGGAUAUCCUGUUAGGAAGGGCAGAGAGUUGGGGAUCGAGGUGACGACCAUCGAGACUCUUUAUAUUGUUCUUUUGGCCAUCAACAAACGUCUUAUUGCUGCAAACAAGUAA